CGUUGGACCAAGUACGAUGAAGUAUUCUUGCGGGGCUCUGCUGCUGACGCUGCUGGGCGCAGAGCUGCUGGGGAGCGUGUGUUCCACUGUGCGGUCGCAGAGGUUCAGAGGAAGGGUCCAACAGGAGCGGAAGAACAUCCGGCCCAACAUUAUCCUCGUGCUCACCGAUGACCAGGACGUGGAGCUGGGCUCGCUGCAAGUCAUGAACAAAACGAGAAAGAUCAUGGAGCAUGGUGGGGCCACCUUCACCAAUGCCUUUGUGACCACGCCCAUGUGCUGCCCAUCACGGUCGUCCAUGCUCACUGGGAAAUACGUGCACAACCACAACGUGUACACCAACAAUGAGAACUGCUCUUCUCCAUCGUGGCAGGCAAUGCAUGAGCCUCGGACCUUUGCUGUGUAUCUCAACAACACAGGCUACCGAACAGCCUUUUUUGGAAAAUACCUCAAUGAAUACAACGGCAGCUACAUCCCUCCUGGGUGGCGAGAAUGGCUCGGAUUAAUCAAGAAUUCUCGUUUCUAUAAUUACACUGUUUGUCGCAACGGCAUCAAAGAAAAGCAUGGAUUUGAUUAUGCAAAGGAUUACUUCACAGACUUAAUCACUAACGAGAGCAUUAAUUACUUCAAAAUGUCUAAGAGAAUGUAUCCCCAUAGGCCCGUUAUGAUGGUGAUCAGCCACGCAGCGCCCCACGGCCCUGAAGACUCCGCCCCACAGUUUUCAAAACUGUACCCCAAUGCCUCCCAACACAUAACUCCGAGCUAUAAUUAUGCGCCGAACAUGGACAAACACUGGAUCAUGCAGUACACAGGCCCCAUGCUGCCCAUCCACAUGGAGUUCACCAAUGUCCUGCAGCGCAAGCGCCUCCAGACUCUGAUGUCGGUCGAUGACUCUGUGGAGAGGCUGUACAACAUGCUUGUGGAGACGGGAGAGCUGGACAACACGUACAUCAUCUACACUGCCGACCAUGGGUACCACAUUGGACAGUUUGGACUGGUCAAGGGCAAAUCCAUGCCAUAUGACUUUGACAUCCGAGUGCCUUUCUUUAUCCGUGGUCCAAGCAUAGAACCGGGGUCGAUAGUUCCACAGAUUGUUCUGAACAUCGAUCUAGCCCCUACCAUCCUGGAUAUUGCCGGGCUUGAUUCUCCUCCUGAUGUGGACGGCAAGUCUGUCCUCAAACUUCUAGACCCAGAAAAGCCAGGAAACAGGUUUCGAACAAACAAGAAGGCCAAAAUUUGGCGUGAUACAUUCCUAGUGGAAAGAGGGAAAUUUUUACGAAAGAAGGAGGAAUCCAGCAAGAAUAUCCAACAGUCAAACCACUUGCCCAAGUAUGAGAGGGUCAAGGAACUGUGCCAGCAGGCCAGAUACCAGACAGCCUGUGAGCAGCCCGGGCAGAACUGGCAGUGUAUCGAGGACACAUCUGGCAAGCUUCGAAUCCACAAGUGCAAGGGACCCAGCGACCUGCUCACCGUCCGUCAGAACACACGCAACCUCUACUCUCGAGGCUUACAUGACAAAGACAAAGAGUGCCAUUGUAGGGAGCCUGGUUAUCAUCGCCCCGGCAGAAGCCAGAGGAAGAAUCAAAGGCAGCUCUUGAGGAACCAGGGAACACCAAAGUACAAGCCCAGAUUUGUGCACACCCGGCAGACUCGGUCCCUGUCUGUUGAAUUCGAAGGUGAAAUAUACGACAUCAAUCUGGAAGAAGAGGAAUUGCAAGUGUUACCACCGAGGAGCCUUGCUAAGCGCCAUAAUGAGGGCCACCAGGGACCAGGAGGCCACCAGGCUGCUGAUGGUGACGUCAGGCAUGAGAUGCUGGCAGACAGCAACAAUGCUGUGGGGCUCCCUGCCACUCUCCGUGUGACACACAAAUGCUUCAUUCUCCCGAAUGAUACAAUCCACUGCGAGAGAGAGCUGUACCAAUCAGCCAGAGCGUGGAAGGACCACAAAGCCUACAUCGAUAAAGAGAUUGAAGUUCUGCAAGAUAAAAUUAAGAAUUUAAGAGAAGUGAGGGGACACCUAAAGAAAAGGAAGCCUGAGGAGUGUAGCUGUGGUAAGCAGAGCUAUUACAAUAAAGAGAAAGGUGUAAAAAGGCAGGAGAAGUUAAAGAGCCAUCUUCACCCCUUCAAGGAGGCUGCUGCUCAGGAGGUGGACAGCAAACUGCAGCUCUUCAAGGAGAACCGCAGGAGGAGGAAGGAGAGGAAGGAGAAGAAACGCCAGAGGAAAGGGGAAGAGUGCAGCCUGCCUGGCCUCACCUGCUUCACACAUGACAACAACCACUGGCAGACGGCCCCGUUCUGGAACCUGGGGUCUUUCUGUGCGUGCACAAGCUCCAACAAUAACACCUACUGGUGUUUGCGUACAGUCAACGAGACACACAAUUUUCUUUUCUGCGAGUUUGCCACUGGCUUUCUGGAAUACUUUGACAUGAAUACCGAUCCUUAUCAGCUCACAAACACCGUGCACACAGUAGAACGGGGCAUCUUAAAUCAGCUACACAUACAGCUGAUGGAGCUCCGAAGCUGCCAAGGGUAUAAGCAGUGCAACCCAAGACCCAAGAGCCUUGACACUGAGGACAAUUAUGGGAUGGAUGGGAAGGUUAGUCGGUCCAGUGUUGCUUCAGACACCAACUGGCAAGGCCUGGAGGAGUUGUCCGGUGUGGACGAUGAUAAUGAUGAGCACAGACAUCACCCUAGACCGAGUCUGGAGACCUGGACUAACCCCCUGAGGGCUGUACAUAGAGCAUUGGCACUGCAGAGCAGCCACUCCAAGCAAAGCAGAGCAAAUGGGACUCCAGCUGCUCAAAGCGGUGGCUUCACAGUCACCUCUGCUGAGCUCUUGGUGCUGGCAGAGAUGGCCUCUACAGAGUCAGGUGAAGACCCAAGUCACGUGACUGGGGAAACAGCUCCCUUGACCUUGCCAGCCAAUGUCCAAACUUUGCAUUUGAAGCGACCAACAAUAAGUCCGGACGGAAAACUUGAACGGAGUAACGACAUUCCUGAAGUGAAUCAUUUGAAUUCUGAACACUGGAGAAAGAGUAAAAACGAAAGGCAGACAGGACGGGAGGAGAUCCACCAUCAUCUUGAAGGUGACAUCAGUGGCAAUGGCAUGACAGAGCUGGUGCUCCUGUCUCGUCACAGGCUGCAACCUACCAGCCAGCAUCAACGAAAAUAUCCCCAGGAUGUGGAGCCAGAAGAGGAUGCUUUUGAAGACCAGCGGCAUCCUCGUGCUCGUCCUGACAGAACUUCCAUUCAUCGGGUGUUCGGCGUGUCCAGAGUGGAGCAGCCUGUUCAUUCCAGCCACACAGAGAGAAUGCCGACCAAGACAGAGAAGAAUGACACGAAGGAGUGGGUACCGAAUCUAGAGGGCAGUGCCUCCCCUCCACUCAUCUCUGGUUAGAUCAAAGCUUGCCUAAACAUA